AUGAGUAGUAAAGGGACAGAAAGAAAGAAAAGGGAUAGAGAAGUAGAGUCGCCGAAAGAGAACGAGCAGGUCUUCCAAAGAAGCAAAAUAACAGUAAGAGCACCUCUGCAAUCGAGAGAGAAGGAAAAUCAAGAAGAUAUAGAGAUGGAGGAGGUCAAGAAGAUGAUCAGCGAACUUGCGACACAAAUUAGAGAUGAUAUAAGAGAUAGUAACAAACAAUUAUUGAACGAAUGGAAUACACAGCUUAAAGAGGAGCUUAAAACAAUAAGAGAAGAAUUAAAGCAAACAAGAGAUCAACUACAGGGACAAAAUCAAGAAAUUAGAGAUAAGUAUAAAGAAUGGAAGAGAGCUAAGGAAGAAAUGGGAAAGAGAGUGGGUGAAGUAGAAAGUCAACUAGAUCGAAUGGAGAGAGAAAAGAGAAGAAAUAAAGUAGUGAUGAUGGGAUUGGACAUAGCAACAGGAGAGCAGAAGCAGAUAAUUGGAAAAGUGACAAAAUUUUUAGAAAAGAAAGUCAAAGUAGAGAGGUUGCGAAAAAAGGAAAAGGAGUUCUGGGACUACGUGGGAAAAUUUGAUGUUGUGGGGCUAGUAGAGACUUGGGUGCAAAGAGAAAACUGGGAGAAAUUGGAAGAGACACUACCACAAGAAUAUGGACAAAAAAGUGAUGUGAAGAACUACCGAGGGAUUACCUUGCUCAAUACGGCGUACAAGAUAUAUGCAAUGAUACUUGAUGAGAGGUUACGAAAGGAGAUGGAAGCAAGGGGUAUGUUACCAGACGGUCAGGCAGGGUUUAGGAAAGGAAGAGCUCAUCUAGAAGAUAUAGAUGAAAUGUUCAGAAAAGCACAGACAGGAGGGGUGGUAGUCGGCAAAGAGAAAGUGUGGUCGUUGGCGUACGCAGAUGAUUUGGUGAUUGUGGCAAAGAAAAGAGAAGUAAUGAGAGCAAGGAUUAAAAGUUUGGAGAUGUAUGUAAAAAAAAAAAAGAAAUUGGAAGUGAAUGUGGAAAAAACAAAAAUGGUGGUGUUUGGGAAGAAAUUGAGGAGCCAAAUAAAACGAAAUAUUUAA